AUACGAUAGUCGCUAGCCGCGGUUUGCAGAGUUUUCGAGAGUGUGCGUAACUGUGAUAAAAAAAACUUGGGAGAGUCAACCGGUCAAUCAUGGGUAAGGUAGCAGCAAUUGGCAUCGACCUUGGUACCACCUACUCCUGUGUUGGUGUUUGGCAGCAUGGUAAAGUCGAAAUUAUAGCAAAUGAUCAAGGAAACAGGACCACCCCUAGCUAUGUCGCCUUCACCGACAGCGAAAGGCUUAUAGGGGAUGCUGCCAAGAACCAAGUGGCAAUGAACCCUAAAAACACAGUAUUCGAUGCCAAACGAUUGAUUGGCAGAAAAUUUGACGACCCCAAAAUUCAAGCCGACAUGAAACAUUGGACUUUUAAUGUAGUCAAUGACUGUGGAAAACCGAAAAUCCAAGUUGAGUACAAGGGAGAAGUGAAAACAUUCGCACCAGAGGAAGUUAGCUCGAUGGUUCUCACCAAGAUGAAGGAAAUUGCAGAAACAUAUUUAGGAGGAAAAGUAUCAGAUGCCGUCGUCACAGUACCAGCGUACUUCAACGAUUCUCAAAGACAAGCCACGAAAGACGCAGGUGCGAUAGCCGGACUUAACGUUUUAAGAAUAAUUAACGAACCAACAGCUGCUGCUUUGGCUUAUGGUCUAGACAAAAACCUCAAAGGUGAGAAGAACGUUCUUAUUUUCGAUCUUGGGGGUGGCACCUUUGAUGUCUCUAUCUUAGCUAUCGAUGAAGGGUCCCUCUUUGAAGUUAAAUCUACUGCUGGAGAUACGCAUUUAGGUGGGGAGGACUUUGAUAAUAGAUUAGUCAACCACUUCGUAGAGGAAUUUAAGAGAAAACACAAGAAAGAUCUAAGUAAUAAUACUAGAGCUCUAAGACGUUUAAGAACAGCUUGCGAAAGGGCUAAGAGAACACUUUCCUCCAGUACUGAAGCUAGUAUUGAAAUUGACGCUCUACAUGAAGGAGUAGACUUUUACUCUAAAGUUACAAGAGCAAGAUUUGAAGAACUUUGUAUGGACUUAUUCAGGUCUACUCUUCAACCAGUUGAGAAAUCUUUAACGGACGCUAAAUUGGACAAAGGAGCAAUCCAUGAUGUUGUUCUGGUUGGUGGUUCCACUAGAAUUCCCAAGAUUCAGAAAAUGCUGCAGGACUUUUUCUGUGGAAAAGCUCUUAAUCUUAGCAUUAAUCCUGAUGAAGCUGUAGCUUAUGGUGCCGCUGUACAAGCAGCUAUCCUCAGUGGAGAUACUAGCUCCCAAAUUCAGGAUGUACUUCUAGUAGAUGUCGCUCCGCUGUCUCUUGGAAUCGAAACCGCUGGAGGUGUUAUGACCAAAAUUGUCGAACGCAAUUCUAGAAUCCCUUGCAAACAACAACAAACAUUCACUACUUACGCCGACAACCAAAACGCUGUCACUAUUCAAGUCUUUGAAGGAGAAAGAGCUAUGACGAAAGACAAUAAUCUUUUGGGUACAUUCAACCUAACGGGCAUUCCACCAGCUCCACGAGGUAUUCCAAAAAUAGAGGUCACUUUUGAUUUAGACGCGAAUGGUAUCUUGAACGUAUCUGCUAGGGACAGUAGUACUGGCAAAUCGGAGAAGAUAACCAUUACCAAUGACAAAGGAAGGUUGUCUAAAGCUGAGAUUGACAAAAUGCUUUCUGAUGCAGAAAAAUAUGCCGCUGAAGAUGAGAAACAACGUGAAAGGAUUAUUGCUAGGAAUCAGCUGGAAGGAUACAUUUUUAGUGCCAAACAGGCCGUUGAAGAUGCUCCUGCCGAUAAGCUAUCGGCUGAAGAUAAAAAAUUGGUCCAAGAUAAGUGUUCUGCAGUUCUCGCAUGGCUGGACGCCAACCAACUCGCUGAGAAGGAUGAAUUCGAACACAAGAUGAAAGAACUGCAGCAAGAGUGUUCUCCAAUCAUGAUGAAACUUCAUCAAGGUGGCCAACAAGGUGGACAAGCUGGCCAAGGAGGUCAAGGUGGACCAAAAGUUGAAGAGGUUGAUUAAAACAAAUCUUUGGAUUGUUCUAUGUUUGUUGUAUAUUUAUAUCUAACUUUAUUUUAUUAAAUGAUAAUUUUGGA